AUGACUGAACAUCUCAAAGGAGACGGUGGUGAAUCGGGGACUCAGCACGCUCUUGUGGAGGCCCACACCCCCAGCUCCAUCAUGUCCCAGCUCAGCACAAAGCACACCGAGCUUUCUGGUACGGAGGAGAAGAGCGAGGAAGUGAGAGCCAUUACCGGGUUCAAGUGGAUUUUGGUUGUGAUUGCUAUCUUAUCCAGUCAUAUGCUCUUCGCUCUCGACAAUACCAUUGUCGCUAAUAUUCAACCGGCUAUUGUAGCGCAAUACAAUGAAGCUGGCCGGAUUUCAUGGCUCUCUGUCGGAUUUACUCUUUGCUCGUCUGCGACUGUGCUUCCUUGGUCUAAGGUCUACGCAACUUACAAUGCUAAAUGGCUUUACAUUGGGUGCGUCAUCCUGUUUAUGGCAGGUUCUGCUCUAUGUGGAGGUGCUCCAAACAUGAAUGCUAUGAUCAUUGGUAGAGCAAUGGCUGGUGCUGGAGGAAGUGGCAUGUACUUUGGCGUCUUGACGCAGUUGUCCGUCAACACGACGGUAUCUGAACGUCCUUUCUAUAUUGGAUUGACUGCUGUCUCAUGGGGUAUCGGAACGGUCACAGGUCCGGCCAUUGGAGGCGCAUUCGCUGAAAGUGCCGCCACUUGGCGUUGGGCCUUCUAUAUCAACCUUGUGAUUGGAGCAGUCUUCGCUCCGGUAUAUAUCCUUCUUCUACCUUCGUUCGAGCCCCUCCCAAAUGCCACCUCUAAGGAAAAGGCAAUGAAUAUCGACUGGGUCGGUAGCGUCCUUUUUAUUGGUGCCUUAACAACACUGAUCAUGGGUAUUGACUUUGGAGGCGUGGAAUGGCAAUGGGGUAACGCAAGUGCUAGCAGUGGGCUAUUUAUUGCGGUUUAUUACAUCCCGUUGUUUUUCCAAUUCACACAGGGUGAUACGGCCGUCAAGACGUCAUUACGUCUUCUGCCUUUCGUGUUAGUCCUUAUCUUCACAAUCAUUGCCAACGGCCACAUGAUGUCCAGAUUUGGUUACUAUAUUCCAUGGUAUUUCUUCGGCGCUCUUUUUGAGCUCAUCGCCGCUGUGUUAAUGUACCAUGUCAAAGCCGACACUUCCGCCAGCGCAAUCUAUGGAUACACGGCUCUGAUGGCGUUGGGGGUUGGUGCCUACAACCAGGCAGGUUAUAGUGUGGUGCAGGCAAAGGUGCCGAAAGCUGAGAUCCCAUGGGCCUUGGGAUUCAUGAUGGUUUCCCAACUAGGAGGCAUUGUCUUGGCCUUGGGUAUGGCGGGUGCUAUCUUCGUCAACAAGACAACAGAGGAACUUCUACAGUUGCUUCCGGAUGCUAGUCCUGCCGAUGUCAAGAACUCCAUCACAGGAACGUCUAGUGGGUUUUUUAAGACCCUGACAGAGUCGCAGCAGGCCGCAGCUCUUGAUAUUAUUGUUUCGGCCAUUGAUGAUGUAUAUGUUCUGCUAAUCGUUGCCGGUGCGCUCGGUGUCCUCCUCUCGCUGUUCCUAAAGCGUGAGAAAUUGUUUAUGGAAGCGGCAGCCGGCGGUGCCUAA